GCGUUGGUCUGGCCACCGUGACGUGUAGUGGAGACGACGGCCGCACCGUGCUCUGUCGUGUGUAACAGGUGUGGACGUACAUACACCAUUACAACGGUCCAGUAGUCCGCAAUCGCUUCGACGGUAUAUUAGUUGAUGAUAAAAAGAACUGAAAUAUAAUCACUAUUUGUUUCUAAAAAAUUUGUAUUAUUUUUUUUUUACCCAAAGUGCGAGUGCUGUUUUUUUUUUCACUUAAUUUUCGUCGAGUCCGUGGGAAACAAAAAAAGUUAUCGUGAACCACUUGAUGGAGUUAUGUUGAUCUUCGCCGGGAUAAUUAUUUUUAAAACUGGAGGGUAACCGCAACACGGAUAGAGGGGUCGUAGGGCUAACCAAGCCGGCGCCUCCGCCAAAACCCACCGCCGGUCCGCCGCAGCAACAGGGAGGCCAACAGCAGCAUCAAACGUCAGGACCGCCACCAUACAGGAUGCCACCCUAUCCGCUGUACAACGAACCUUCGCCGUUGCCCGGUUCCAGCAACAAAAUCCACACUCAUUCUAGUAAAUUCCCGAUUGAAAGGGAAGUGGUUCUUAGCAGUACCGAUAAAAAUUUAAAAAUACCGAUAUUGAAUGACUACAAGAAAAGGCCCAAAGCCGUCGGACCUGACACGCCAAACGUACAAAUCGCAUGGUCGGAUCAGUCUACGAGCGCAUAUAAUGUACCUCAAAAUACACACCAAUACCAUACGCCGCAUCAUUACGCCAUGGUUAACAAUGAACAACAGCAUGUUUACAAAGCCGAACCGUUAAAGACUUUGGAUCCUCCAACUGAGUUAUCUCCUAUAUUCAGAGACGAUUCUAACGGAUUUGCCCCGCGUUUAGAAACGUAUAACGGAGGAACGGGUAUUUCACAUUCUACCCCCGAAGACCCUAACAAUUCGAAAAAGUUUUCGUCUCGCAUCAAAGACAUGAUUACCACGAGGUUUUCAAAAUCAAAAACCGAACCGGUAGCGGAACUGAAUUUGAAUAACGCCGAGACUCCUUUGCCAACACCGAUCAAACUAGACGACCCGGCAAUGAGCCCUCACAGUCAACUGAUCCAACACGGGGUCUACUUGGCCGUUAAUAAUCAAAUGCAAAACAUGACCAUUCAAAUGCCAAAUCAAAACGUGUAUCAAACACCGGAUCAGUGCAGAGCUAAUGUGGCUGGUCCGUCGAGAACUUACGAGAGGCCUCAUACUGUACAGACUAACAGGGUAAUCGACCAGAGAAGGCCGAACGUCCAGAGCUACAGUAGUGAAGUUCACCGGCCCACCAACUAUGAAGUUAGAGUCCAGGCCAAUAAUUACGGACAUAUCAACCAGAGUCCGUUGUACGUUAAGAAGAGUCUACCGGCUCAACAGCCGCAAGAGUGUUUUAAGACGCCAAUGCCUCUGGCAAAGACCAAAGAUGUUCCCGCUCCCUUUCCUAGAUCCAAGUCUAACGACAAUCUAGUCGAAUCGAGCAAUAAUACACAACAGACUAUUGUGCAGUACUCUAGCGAUAGGUAUUUGGGACGGAAAAUCUGCAAGAGAGAUGAUUUCAAAUCUCAACCCAGUUCGCUAGACGACGUCGACAAGUUAGAGGAGCAACGAGCUGCCAGCGGUCCAAUAAGCGGAGCCAGUUCGGAUGGAAGGUUAGGUAGUGGCGGCCAAUCAGAUUCUGGGCGUGGUAGUACCGUUUACAGUAGCGGUAAAGCUCAAAACUCUGCCACCAGCCCCGAAUCGUCGUCGGAGAUGCAACAAAGAAACCAAGGGAAGAAAGGCCAAAGCGAAUGGAUGGAUUACGUAGACACUGAGCUACGGCAAAUCCUCGAUCCAUCAAAGGUCAGCGUGCCGUCGACGUUAAGUGACAGCGUAUCAUCGGUCACUCCUCCCUUACCGCCAUUGUCUCCCGAUGGAUCAUCUGACGGCAUGCAAACGCCCGUGCACAAACAUAGAACGGAAUACGUGGUGAAAUCCAGAGGUCAAACUUCCAAUCAACGAAAUCCGUGGUCUUCUAGAGCGCCAAAAGAGAAGUCGCACAGAGACAGGCCUACUACGAGUUCUUCUAAACGGCCGGAUCUAAGAAGAAUUCUCCAAUCGAGUAGCGUCGGUGACAUGGAUUCUAUGUUUGACGAGGAAGCUAGUAGCGACGACGAAACCGUCAACAGUGAUGUGCGAACUAUAAGAAAGCAGCUUGAAGGGUUGGAGACCAUGUACUCGGAGGUGUUAAAACUGCUAGGAGUGCGCAAAUCCGGAGGUCCCAAAUAUCAACCGUCCGAUCCGAGAAUUCACAGGAGACGCAUGUAUGGCAGCAUGUCAUCUAUACCGUCAUCGGCCAGCAGUAGGCCUUACCGGGAGAGACAUCGCAGAUCUACGGACGACCGUAAGAAGACCGUCAAAGACAUCAAAGGUAUCAACAAACGAUUUCAGAGGUUAGAAUCUCACGUGGUCACUCUAGCUAGGAGCGUAGCGCACCUAUCGUCCGAGAUGAGAACUCAACACCUUAUGAUCCAGGAAAUGGAAGUAAUCAGAAACGAACUUUCAGCCCUGAGGACGCAGACAAAUAUGUUGUCGAUCCGUUCGCAAUCAGGGCCUCGGGCGCUUCAAUCGAUCGGCGCCGAACAGACCAACUCAAGUCCGACCAAAGUCAAGAAACUCACAAAAUUUUUUGGCGAUGAGCCACCGCUUUUAAGACUGUUCCUGAAGAAGUUGGGUUACGAGAAAUACGCCUCCGCGUUCGAAAAGGAAAAGAUUGGUCUGGUCGAGUUGCCUUACAUGAGCGAGGAAAGGAUGCACAAGCUCGGAGUACCCAUGGGUCCCAGGUUGAGGAUUAUGCAAGAGGCUCAGUUAGGAUUCCCUGGUAUGCACGAAAAUACAUUGGCCAUCGUUUAAUUUGUUGACGGCGAGAUCUUCAAGGUCGGCCGAUUAUUUGAUAUAUAUUAUAUAGUUAUAUUAUAAUGCGUUAUUCGGUUGUUUAUUUUUUAUGUGUAAAUAAAAUAUUUUAGUGUCAUAAAAAGAAAUAUACAUUUAUAGUAUCGUUAGA